AUGCCUACAUUUUCGUACGCCCAAGCCGCCAAGGGCCUUGCUCCGGCACCGACCAAGGCGACAGUCGCGGAGUCGGACAAGGUCGACUCUAAAUCCGAGGACCAGAGCAAUACUCCUUUCACUACGGACGCUUCGUCCACGACUUCGGAACCUUCAGUACCACGAGAUAUCGAGAAGGAGACGACAGAUGUCGCCAACGACUCUGAAUUCACGACAGUCACCAGCAAGCUGUCUGCGGCCAAGGCUAAGGCAGCCAACUCCAGAACAUCGUCUCCAAAUGCGAGCAACUCUGCAAAUGGAACACAUCGGAAGAAGGACGAUGCCUCGAAUGUCACCAACGGCACUUCAGAGGCUGCGUCCGGCAAGCAGUCUCAAUCAGAUAAACAGGCAGAGAAGCCGGAGAAUGGAGGAACAGAGGGCUCCAAAGACAAAUCUGGGGAUUCCGAGAGCAGCGCACCUCCAAAAGAACUCAAGGCUGCUCCCAUUCCUACAGUGAACAUUUGGCAGCAGAGGAAGGAGGCCCAAGAUGCCAAGACCAAGGCCACGCCGCCCGUCCCUGCUGCAAAGGCUGGUUCCACGAAGUCUGCUACUGCAGAGGAUAGCCAGCAAGAUUUGGCCAAGCCCAACCAGAAGAAGAAAGCGGAUGGUGCGUCGGAUGGUGCCAAGGAUCGGAAAAAGGCAGAUGGCAAAUCGCGCGACGAUGGGUCUGCGAUGCCUCCGGUAGCAGACGCUACAUUAUGGCCCACCCCACAGGUCGCGCUGGGCGAAGAGAAGAAGAAGGCCCAAGAAAAGACCGACAAGUCCGAGCAGACCAACAAAAGCCCCGUGAUGCGGACACAUGGCAAGGAGAAGUGGACUCCUGUCCCAUACGUGCCUACUGCUGUUUUCAAUACCCCUCUUCCCUCAGCUUCUGGCCGCAGAGGAGGAGGCCCCAAAGCUUCUCGAGGUGGACGAGAAGGCGGUCGUGGUGGAUCUCAUGCCGCUGGCGAGAAGGCCGCCGCUGGACAAGGCGCUGCAGGGUCCGCGCCGAAGCAGACUUCUGGCGGAGAGCGAGGGAGACUCGAGCCCUCCACUGGUCGCGCAACAUCCCUUCCUGCACAAUCGCGUCGAUCCACGAGCACCGACGUUCUCCCGGCAGGAGGCAAGACCUCUCAGCCCGCGGAUAAGAGUCGUGGAGCCCGCAGUGGAGAGGAUUCAACCGCUGCAACCGGCAAGCAGGCAAAUGGCGGCGAGAACGUGUCGCGCCCCCAGCGAGAAGGCAAGCCUUUCGCGCGAAACCAGGCAAGCGGCGACCGCAACGCGAGAGGCACCCACCUGGCUGUGGACUCUCAGGCUGCGCCUCGCGCCAAUGAACGCCGCCUCGAGAACGGCUCCAAGUCGGCCGAUUUCUACCGGGAAUCUGGGUUAGACUACAACCGAGAACGUGGCGACCCACGCGCUGAGCGUGGGGGUCGUGGCUCCAACCGUGGCCGUGGCGGGUAUCCAGCCUUUGGUGGUCAGAAUGCUCAGUUCGCCAAUGCGGCGCCCAUGCCCAACAACUCCUUCGCUACACCCAAGGCCUUUGGCUUCAAUGAGCGCCAGCGAUCACAACAGGGUCUUCCCAAUGGCGCACAGCAACAGGGUAACAGGAUGCCUUUGCGAUCACCGUCGCUGCCGACCACUCCAGGCAUGUACGGCGUUUUCCCCUUCGAUGUCAACUCCAUGUACGGCUAUCAACCCGCGAACCCUGGAGCAAUGAAUGCCAUGCCCUACCAGCAGCAGUACAUGGAGCCCUUCUCGCUCAUGAAUAUGCUCUCGAUGCAACUGGAGUACUACUUCUCCGUUGACAACAUGUGCAAGGACAUGUUCCUUCGCCGGCAUAUGGAUGGCCAGGGCUUUGUGCCAUUGGGUGUGAUUGCCAGCUUCAAGCGGGUCAAGUCGCUGACCGAGGACUUUGAACUUCUUCGUGUCGUCUCCCGCCAGCUCCGAAAUGUUGAGCACCAGGUCGGUGACGAUGGUGUUGACCGGUUACGCCCGAGAGAGAGAUGGGCCCAGUGGAUUCUUCCUGUUGACCAGCGUGAUCCCUCCGCCCAGCAUGAAGGUGCGCCACCUGCGAAGCAAAUCGGAAAGACCGAUGAGAACGUCCCAUUUAACCACCAUGCCGACGGCGCUCCCAACGGCUAUGGAGGACCGCGUCAAUUCGUUCCUAAUGGUACCGCCUCCCGAGGCCCCAAGACCUCCCUGUCUACCGCGGCCCCGGAGUUCAUGCCAUCUGGGCCACCCUCCGCCCACAAUGAAAUUGCCAAUGUAGGAACCCCCUCGGAUCCGUCUUGCUUUCAACAAGAUUGCGACUCUGCCUUGUCAACCCCUCUUGAUACCCUGGACGACUCAUUUAUUGACGCUUUUAUUCCAGCGCGCGGACUAGAGUUGCACACAGACUGCCCUUCCUCGCCUUCCCUCGGACCGACGGUAGACUCGCCAGGUCCCAUCUCUACCUUGACUGACAUACCCUCGAAAAACGAAUCGCAUCCGCCGUCCGAGAAGAGGCCGGACCACCAGUCUAAGAAUGCUCGCAAAUCUUCCGCUAAGGGGGUUCAGAAAUUCCGGAAACCUCAGUCACGGAAGGCCGAGAAGAAAGCUUCUGGCGUGGGUCUUCCCUACCAUUCCUGGGCACGGUAUUUGGCACACAGUUUCGAUUUGCAAUUGUACAAUGAUUUUAGGCGUUUAGCCCUUGAUGAACUUAUCUCACGACACGCUGAUUACGGGUUUAACGCUCUCUUGUCCUUCUACCAAUCCUGUCUCCUAAGCCAGCAGUCAAUCAACGAGCGAGUGGUCCAGGAUAUGGCUCACCUGGCCCGAAGUAAUGGCACUGGCCGGAUUGCGGAGCCUAUGCUGUCGGCUGUGCUUGUGGCCAUCAACAGUGACCGAAUGACUCCAGGGAAUCGCAGCCUGACUGGCUACUACUUCAAUGUCCAGUUUGGCCACGGGGACUGGCAAAAGUGA